GCCGGAUAAGGUGGGGUUUGUCCGGGUUGAGGCUGCGGCGGCGCUUCCUGGUGGUCAGGGCGCCAUGGCGCUGCCCUGGCUGCAGCGCGUCGAGCUUGCGCUGUUUGCUGCCACCUUCCUGUGCGGGGCCGUGGCGGCCGCGGCGCUGACUCGGACCCAGGGCUCCUUCAGUGGUAGAUGUCCCCUGUAUGGUGUCGCCACCCUGAAUGGCUCCUCCCUGGCCUUAUCCCAUCCCUCGGCACCAUCCCUCUGCUACUUUGUAGCUGGGGCCUCUGGCCUCUUGGCCCUCUACUGCCUCCUGCUUCUGCUCUUCUGGAUCUACAGCAGCUGCAUUGAGGACUCCCACAGAGGUUCUAUAGGGCUGCGCAUUGCACUGGCCAUCUCAGCUAUAGCCAUCUUCCUGGUCUUGGUGUCUGCCUGUAUCCUUCGAUUUGGCACCAGAUCUCUCUGCAACUCCAUCAUCUCCCUGAACAGUACAAUUAGCUGUUCUGAAGCCCAGAAAAUUCCAUGGAGACCCCCCGGAACUGCUCUGCAGUUUUACUCCAACCUACACAGUGCUGAAGUGAGACCCAAGGAUAGAAGACCUCUUCUUGGGUGAAUUUGGUAUUGUGGUGUGUGGUCUUGGUGCUCCAGGUCGUGCAGUGGAAGUCUGAAGCCACCCCACACCGGCCUCUGGAGAGGGGUGACCCUGAGUGGAGCUCUGAGACAGAUGCUCUUGUUGGGCCACGCCUUUCCCAUUCCUGAAGAAUAACCAGAGUGCUUCCUGCAGCCAAAGACUCCAUGCCCAAGUGCCUGCAAUCCUCUUGCCCCCCGCAAGGCCCUGUUUAUGUUGGGAGUCUUAGUUUUCCUUUCAGGGGGGAAACGUAAUGACAGGCCCCCCUACUCCUCUUCCUACAGCUGUUUUUGUACCAAAAUACUAUAUUACUGUCUUCAUCUU